AUGGCUAAAGGAGGUCAUUCACAUAGGUCCACAUUGAAAAAUGACCAUAAACCUUUCAAAUCAAAGCAUGCCAGUAAAGGACAGUUGAAAAAUCAGUACAAAGGAAAGGUGGAAAAAAGUGUUGCAGGUAGUAAGACCAAUAAAGUGAUGACGAAGACCGAAAGAAAGAAUGCAGCCAGACAGCUUAAGGAAAAUAAGAUCAAUGAAACUAAGGUUAUACGGAAAUUAUUUGAUGGGUCGCAAGGAGCAGAAAAGAUUGUGACAGUGAUUUCGUUAACGAAAGAUAUUUCAACGCAGGAGAUAGUGUCGAGAUUGGUUAAUAGUGUAAAGGAAGAGAACGAGGAUGAAUUUACAGUUGGAAUACCAUCUGUUACAUCAGCCAAGAUCAACAGAUUCAAGACCAAUUUGAAAUUCGUCGUACCGGAUCAAACCAAUUUACUUAAUAUAUUAGAUGCGGCCAAGAUAUCAGAUUACGUUGUUUUCGGUAUUUCUGCCAAUGAGGAAGUGGACAAAGAAUACGGUGAACAGAUUUUGAGAGCUAUUAUUGCACAGGGUAUUGCGUCUGUUGUAGGGGUUUUACCUAACGUUGUAUCUGCGUAUCCAAAGAAGAAUUUGCAAUUGGAUAUCAGAAGGUCGUUAUUUUCAUUUUUCACCCAUUUCUUUCCAAACGAAGAAAAGUUAUAUGCAUUGGAAUACGACACAGAGUGUUUGAACUGUAUUCGUACAAUUUGCCAAAGAUUCCCUAAGUCUGUCACCUGGAGAGAUUCGAGACCAUAUUUGUUAGCUGACAAGACAUCGUGGAUGGCUUCCGAGAAUGAUGCGUCCAUGGGCCACAUAGUAGUUGAAGGAACAGUCCGUGGUGUUGGAUUUAAUGCUAAUAGAUUAGUGCAUAUUCCUGGUUUUGGUGAUUUUCAGGUUGAUCGUAUAGAGAAGUUAUCCAAAUCUCGUUUUAACAGAAAGAGUGAGAUGGACAUCGAUAACGAAGAAAAUGAAGCAUUUCUUCCAAAUGAAAACAGGGAAACUUUAGAAGAAUUAAGCCCCGAAGAAAUUGAUAUGGAGGGUGAGAAUUGGGAUGACGAAAAUGACUUUGGUGUUAGAAUGGAAGGAAAGCAUUACUUUGAUGAUGGAGCUAAUGGAUAUGCUAGCAACUCUAAGUUACCUAGAGGAACUUCGGAAUAUCAAGGAAGAUGGUUAUUGGAUGAUGUUUUAGAGGACGCGUCUGAUUUAGAGAGUGGGGAUGAAGACAUCGAUGUUGAUGAACAAAUUAAUGACGAUGAAAUGCAAAUGGAGGAUGCUCAGUCAGAAUAUGCUCCUACUGAAGCUGGUGAUAAUCAAUCAGAAAUGUUUGUAGACUUAUCGCCAGAGGAAGAAGAGAGACAACUUCAAGAGUUUAGGGAGUCUGUAAAGGAAGAUCUUGAAUUCCCUGAUGAAAUUGAGAUGGAUCCAUCAGAAUCAGCUAGAGAAAAGUUAGCGGCAUACAGAGGUAUAAAAUCAUUAGCCAAUUGUGAUUGGAAUUACGACGAAGAAGACGUUGAAGCCCCAAGCAUAUGGAAGAGGUUAUUAAGAAUUUCUAAUUUUAAGGCCACAAGAAAUAAGGUUUGCAAAGAUGCAAUCAAGGAUGUUCAACUUAAUAUUGGUAACAAGGCCAGAAUAUUUAUUAAAGCACCUUCUUAUGUUAUCGAAAAAGUCAAUUGUGAACAGCAACCAUUUGUCAUUUACGGAUUAUUGGAACAUGAACAUAAGUUGGCAGUGGUUAAUUUUUCAUUCGAGGCAUGGGAAGAUUAUGAAGAUCCAAUUCCUAACAAAGAUACCUUGAUUGUUCAGUAUGGACCAAGAAGACAAGUCAUUCAACCAUUAUUCAAUCAAGCAUCCAAUAAUGCUAAUAAUGUUCACAAGUCUGAAAAGUUCGCUCAUCAAGGUAACCUUUCUAUUGCUACAUGUAUUGCACCAGUUUUAUUUAGCAAUGCACCAGUCAUAUUUUUCAGAGCAGCCGCUGAUGGUUCUCUUGAAUUAGUUGGUCAAGGUACUUUCCUUAACUGUGACCAUACAAGAGUUGUUGCCGAAAGAGCAGUUCUUACAGGUCAUCCAGUCAAAAUCCAUAAAAAGGUUGUUACUAUCCGUUACAUGUUUUUCAACCCUGAAGAUAUUAACUGGUUCAAAGCUAUUCCAUUAUUUACAAAAAUGGGUAGAAGUGGUUUUAUCAAAGAAAGUUUAGGUACUCAUGGUUACUUUAAAGCUACGUUUGAUGGUAAAUUGAACGCACAAGAUACCAUAGCUAUGAGCAUGUAUAAAAGAGUCUGGCCUGAGAUUUCUGCUGGGUGGACUGAUUAA